GGCCGCGCAGGGCGGCAAAGUGCGGCAGGCGGUUAGAGUCCUCGCCCCGCCCCUUGCUCACUCCCCGCUCCCGCUUUUGGAGGCGUGAGCAAGCUGGGACCCAGCGCUGGGCGCCGGUUAACACCCACUCCCCGUCGCGGGUACCAUGGAGGCGGCGGUGUGUAGCGAAAUCGAACGGGAGGAUGGCGACAGCAGCUGCGGGGAUGUGUGUUUCAUGGACAAAGGCCUGCACAGUAUAUCAGAGUUAUCUUUAGAUUCAUCCAUUCAUGCCAUCAAUUUGCAUUGUAAUAACAUCUCCAAGAUCUCAUCCAUUGACCACAUUUGGAACCUACGACAUUUAGAUCUGUCUUCUAAUCAAAUAAGUCAAAUUGAAGGCCUGAACACACUGACAAAGCUAUGCACUUUAAACUUGUCCUGCAAUUUGAUCACAAGAGUGGAAGGACUUGAAGCACUGGUUAAUCUGACGAAACUGAAUUUGUCUUAUAAUCACAUAAAUGAUCUUAGUGGGUUGAUGCCCCUUCAUGGACUAAAGUAUAAACUUAGAUAUAUUGACCUCCAUAGUAAUUAUAUAGAUAGCAUCCAUCACUUACUUCAGUGUACAGUAGGAUUGCACUUCCUAACCAAUCUUAUUUUAGAGAAAGAUGGAGAAGGUAAUCCUAUCUGCCUUAUACCAGGGUACCGAGCAAUCAUUCUCCAGACUUUACCACAACUGAGAAUCUUAGAUUGCAAGAAUAUAUUUGGAGAGCCAGUAAGUUUGGAAGAAAUAAACUCAUCCCAUCUACAGUGCUUAGAAGGUCUUUUGGAUAAUUUAGUUUCUUCUGAUUCCCCACUGAAUAUAAGUGAAGAUGAGGUUAAUGAUGAUAUGUCAGCACCACCAAUGGAUGUGUUGCCUUCUUUGAAGGAAUUUAAAAGUACACCAGAAGACAAUGUGUUAGCCUCACUUUUAUCUGUGUGUCCAUCUUCUGAACCAGAAAAAAAUAAUCAUGAAAACAACUUUCAGAAUGAAGUGAAACUUCAGAAAUUAGAUGACCAAAUCCUACAGCUUCUCAAUGAAACUAAUAAUUCCUUACUAGAUAAUGUUCCUGAGAAAGACCUCAGACCAAAAAGAGACACAGAUAUAACUUCUGAAAGUGACUAUGGAAACAGAAGAGAGUGCAGCAGAAAAGUUCCUAGAAGAACAAAAAUCCCAUAUUAUUCCAGAAGUAUUCAAACCAUUAAGCACCACAAUAAAACCAGUGGUGGUUUUGUAAGUUGUAAUCGUAAAAUGAGACAGCCUUACCUUAGAGAUUUAUAUGUAAGAUCAUCUUUAGUAAACUGUAAUAACUUAACAGACUUAGAUGAGCAGAAGACUGGCAUAAUUAAAGUAGACAAAAGCCUCUCGGACAACACCACUUACCGGUCCCUCGUGGAACAGUUAGACCAAGAGAGAGAGAUGCGGUGGAAAGCUGAGCAAACGGAAAAGAAACUUAUGGAUUAUAUCGAUGAGCUACAUAAGCAAGCAGAUGAGAAAAAAGAUGUUCACAGCCAGGCUCUCAUUACCACAGAUAGACUAAAGGAUGCUAUUUUUAAGGAGAGACAUUGCAAGGCUCAACUUGAAAUUAUAGUUCAUAGACUUCAAAAUGAAGUUAAAAAACUAACUAUUGAAUUAAUGAAAGCACGAGAUCAACAGGAAGAUCACAUCAGACACCUGAGAACCCUGGAAAGGGCAUUGGAAAAAAUGGAGAAGCAGAAAGCACAGCAGCAGGCGGCACAGAUAAGACUGAUCCAAGAGGUGGAGCUCAAAGCCUCAGCUGCUGAUCGAGAAAUAAACUUACUUCGAACUUCUCUUCACCAAGAAAAGCAGCAAGUGCAACAACUUCAUGAACUUCUGGCAUUGAAAGAGCAGGAACAUAGGCAAGAAAUUGAAACUCGGCAGUUUUUCACUGAUGCUGAGUUCCAGGAUGCAUUAACUAAACGAUUAUGCAAAGAAGAACGAAAACAUGAGCAAGAAGUAAAAGAAUACCAAGAAAAAAUUGAUAUAUUAAACCAGCAGUAUUUGGACUUAGAAAAUGAGUUCCGUAUUGCUUUAACUGUUGAAGCUAGAAGAUUUAAAGAUGUUCAGGAUGGCUUUGAAGAUGUUGCAACUGAAUUAGCGAAGAGUAAACAUGCUCUUAUUUGGGCUCAACGUAAAGAAAAUGAGUCUUCUUCUUUAAUUAAAGAUCUGACAUGUAUGGUGAAGGAACAGAAGACUAAGCUCUCCGAAGUCUGCAAAUUGAAGCACGAAGCAGCAGCCAAUUUACAGAAUCAAAUCAACACUCUUGAAAUUUUGAUUGAAGACGACAAGCAGAAGAGCAUUCAAAUAGAACUUCUCAAACAUGAAAAGACCCAGCUUAUUUCUGAGUUGGCGGCCAAAGAGUCACUGAUUUAUGGCUUACGGACCGAGAGAAAAGUAUGGGGACAAGAACUGGCAUGUCAGAGCUCGACACUAUCCCAGAGUCGUGGGAAAUUAGAAGCCCAGAUUGAAAGUUUAUGCAGAGAAAAUGAAUCUCUGAGAAAAAGCCAUGAAAGUGACUGUGAUGCAUUGAGAAUAAAGUGCAAGAUCAUUGAAGACCAAAAUGAAACCAUCCGGAAACUAAAAGACAGUUUACAAGAAAAAGAUGGGCAAAUCAAAUUGCUACAAGAACAGAUCGCUCUCAUAGAAAAAUGUUCUCAAGAGCAACUUAAUGAAAAGUCUUCACAACUAGAUUCUAUAGUUGAGAAACUAGAGAGACACAAUGAGAGAAAGGAAAAAUUAAAGCAACAGUUGAAAGCAAAGGAAUUAGAACUUGAAGAAAUCCGAAAAGCUUACAGCACACUAAAUAAGAAAUGGCAUGAUAAAGGAGAACUACUCUCUCAUCUUGAAAUGCAAGUAAAAGAAGUAAAAGAAAAAUUUGAAGACAAGGAAAGGAAACUGAAAGCAGAGAGAGACAAAAGUCUUGAGCUACAAAAGGAUGCAAUGGAAAAGCUUCAGAACAUGGAUGAUGCCUUUAGAAGACAAGUGGAUGAGAUUGUGGAAGCGCACCAAGCUGAAAUAAUGCAGCUAGCAAAUGAGAAGCAGAAAUAUAUUGACUGUGCAAAUUUAAAGGUUCAACAAGUUGAAGACGAAAUGCGAGGACUUCUGGAUGAAACAUGCAAGAACAAAAAAAUGAUGGAAGAAAAAAUUAAGCAACUUGCUUGUGCUAUAAGUGAGAUACAGAAAGAAAUGUGAUGUUGGAGGGAACAAGUUUAGUUGAAACGGACCAACAGACCUAUUGUCAAAAUGAUUAAACACUGCAACAGUAGUGACUGCUGUGACUGUGAAAUGUCUCUUUCUACACAUUUCAUUAUGAAUAGAUUUUAAGAGACUUGAUGAAAUAUUGUAUAUGUGGUGUUUUUAUAAUAAAGCAUUAAUUAUGUUUAUUAGAUGGAGCUAUCAUAAUAACUAGACAUAAAGCACUUUUCUUGUCUCUGUGCUAUACCUUGUUGAUAAUUACACACUUACUUGCAGAAUGUUACAAUUUGACCAAAGGAAAGAUACAAAAAUAAUCAUUGUUGAGCUUGUGCUAAUGUAGAACUAGUUGUAUUUACAGGUUAUCCAUUAGUUGAUGUGACUCCCUUCUUUUAAAGUGUCUUUAAGAUGUAGAGAAAAAAUAUUGUAAGUCUAUAGGAUAAUCAAAAAUGUGUUCUCAUUCAGAAAGCUUUAGCUAUCUCCACAUGACUCAGUUUCAUCUUUUCUGGUGCAUUUGUUCAUUAAAGGUGAAAUUUGUAGUUUUAUAAAUAUUGUCUGAUCUAGAAGAGCACAGCAGUCCCACUGUCAUUCACAGUGUCACUCAUUGCGUGAGGAGACUUCUGACUCUGCAACUGGAAACACUCAUUUCACUUCCUGUCUAGUCUCAUAUUGCUAAUUCAAUGUCAUCACCACUUACGUUGGUAAAUGUAUGUCCUUACCUUGUCCUGUAUAUCUGAGAGGAAGAAAAUAUAACACAUUCAAAACUAAUAUCAUUAAUAAGCUAAAUUUUAAAAAGUAAAUAGAACCCAAAUAACAUUUAAAUAUCCCUGAAGAGAAGGUCUUAUGGUGGUGUUAUAUCUGAGCUGCAUGCUUCAGUCAAGUGGUAGCUGGCAGUCUAAUUCCUACCUGAACUGGUCAGUGCCUGCCUGACACUUCCAGGUUCAUGCAUCCAUAAGUUUUCUGUCUGAUGGUAAGCAUGGAAUUGAGUUAGCACAGAUUUGUGAACACAGAUGUUGUAUACAGAGGAUGUUUCAGGAAGGCUGUGGACUUUUUGGUGUUCUCUAUAGAGGCAAACAUUCCAUGAAUGCUUGCUUAAUUAUUACCACAUUGACAGAGGAGCACUGGGCUCCCCUAUCUGUGAGAUGGAGAAAUAGAAUGCUGAAGUUCACAAUAGGAGGAUAGGUUGUGGUAUGAUUGUGAUUGGAUUGGUGUGUGUGUGUGUGUGUGUGUGUGUAGUUUUUUUGUUGUUUUGUGGUUUUGUUUUUAGCAGAGGCAGGAGGAAUCAGAUAAUCCAUACAUUCACUGAAAUACCAGUUUUAUGAAUCAUUCAGUUUUCUGAAUCUGGGGGAUUCUUCAAGAAUUCCCUAUCCAGCAACUUACCUUCAGAUAUAAAUUCUUGACUUAAAAGCACCUCAGCUUAAUGACCUUAGAACUUACUUACUAUGACAUGAACUUGGGUUCUAAUAUGUACUUACAUCCCAAUUUGGAAGUUAUUCAUACAACUAACCAAAUUCCCAAAAUCAGGAUCCCCUCCCCAAGACCGCUGAACUUCUCCUGAGCUGUGAUACUAGAUUCAGAGGGCUAGUUGGGUACUUUGAGUAAUAACUAGAAAAGAUAAUCUACUGUUAUCCAAUGGAAUCCCAAUACAUUUGUGCAUGGGGCAGGAUCCUGAAUGUUUUCAAGGAUAACAGAUAAACUCUUCACAUCUUUGUCAAGGUGUCUGGAAAUACAGAGCACUGCUCCCAACUCUAGUCGUUUUAUGUAUAACUUCUGUGGCUAUUGACACAUAUCUGUAGGUUAGUAUUACUACAAGCCAUUUAAACAUUCCUGUGACAAAUAAUAGAGAAAUGUACAUGUAGUAGGGUAAAAGUAAAGUUGCCAAAACUGGUAAUGGUUGAGUUGCCAGACUGAUAGCUAUGGCUAACUCCUGUGGCUUACCAUUUAUGUUAGAAGCAGAUGUGGAAGAGUGGGACUCAUAGGGUAGUCCUAAUUAUCUCUUGUUCCACCUGCUGGAAGUUUUCUUCUGCUUUCCAUACUGUUAGGGACAAGAGAUAGGUUUCAAUGGCAUCAGCUUCAGUAAGGGACCACAAUCUGGUUUUCCAUUUUAUCCACAAGAAUAGACUUUUGGGCUGCUGGAGUUUAAGUAGAAGUUUCCACUAUAUUUUUUUAUAUCUUAUUAUUAUCUUAUUUUCUGUAUAUGAAUGUUUAACCUGCAUAUAUGUCUGUAUACCACGUGUGGCUGGUACCCAUAGAGACCAGAAAAUGAUACUACAUGCCCUAGACUCAGGAUUGCAAAUAGUUGUGAGCUGCCAUGUGGGUGGUAGAAACUAAACCUAGGAACUCUAGAAGAGCAGCCAGUGAGUGCUCUUAUCUCCAUCUCUCCAACCCCUCCAUUAUAUUUUUGUUGAAUUUGUUUUCUUCUAAUAAACUUACAUUUCUUAUGUUUCAA